AAAAAUGUCUACAUUGAUUGCUCUGUUCAGACGCUUGCUCUUUCGCCGUCGUGGCACCACUGAAAAAGCUUCAGAUGAAAGUGUAAAAUCACAAAAGCCAAGGACAAAAUCUCUAAACAUUCCUGCAACAAAUGGCUCACUACGCGAAAAAACGCGAAUUCAAGUAAAACGUGGUUCCCAGGUGGUUAUCCGGAACCGGAGUCAAAGUGUGACAGUGGAGAGGAAACACGUCAGCAGAGGCACUUCUGAUAAGCAAAAUUCUCCAUCCAGCCGUCGUCAAUCACACUAUACAAUUCACAAAGGAGGAAACAACUUACCGACUAGCUUGGCACCAACCCUAACAUCCAGCUAUCGCAUGAGAUCUUCUUCUGCCACGAAACCCACUAUCAUCUACAUUCAUUAAAGUUCAAACUUUUACUGUAUAAGCUUAAAAUUUUAAUAUCGAAAAUCGGUUGAUCUCGCAACGGGUUUUUGAUUUUUGAAGAUAAUUCUCUUUUUUUCAGUUUCUUGUGUUCAACUUUUGUCAAUUAUUCAUUUUACAUAAAAGUUUCAAUCGAAA